AAGAUGGCUCAUGCUCUUCCAAUUCCCUGCCCAGUCCAGCUUGGAAGUAUAAAAGGUGACUCCCUGGAAGCUCAGCUGCAUGAGUAUGUGAGGCAAGGAAACUAUGUGAAAGUGAAGAAGCUUCUGAAAAAAGGUAUUUUUGUUGAUGCUGUCAAUUCCAUGGGCCAGACUUCUCUCUUCACUGCUGCAUUGCUUGGUCUUAGUAAAAUAGUGGAUGUGCUGUUGGAUUAUGGCUCAGAUGCUAAUCAUCGCUGCUACGAUGGAAGCACCCCAGUCCAUGCAGCUGCGUUCUCAGGAAAUCAGUGGAUUCUUAGCAAGUUAUUGGAUGAAGGAGGUGAUCUGAGAGUACAUGAUAAAGAUGGAAAAAAUCCUCAGUACUGGGCUAUGUCAGCUGCAAAAGAAAGCAGUGCUCAGAUGCUGGAAUUUAUACAGCGUUGUACAUUCCACAUGCAGGCUGCCAUUCAAAAUUUUCCCUCUGAUCUACUCAGGAAGGUUGGCUCAUCAAAAGCUCUGGUCUGCAGUCCGUCUAGGUUUGGUGGUCUUGUUCAAGGAAAUGUCGACAGCCCUCUGGGUAGAUUUCUAAAAGGUGGAGCUAAUGCAGCCAAGAACAUUUACAGCUUUGGUUUUGGGAAGUUUUAUCUUGCAGGCAGCGGGCAUCUAGCAUACUUGGCAUCUCUCCCUAUUAUUGGGGAAAAAGAUGUGGUUCAGGCAGAUGAUGAACCAACGUUUUCUUACCACGUUGGACCAUACAUGAUCAUGACAAACUUGAUUUGGGGAGGCAGCAGAGUUACAGUGAAGGAACUCAGCUUUGAGCCCCAUCAGAACUGUAGUAAACUACGCUUAGCUGAUCUUCUCAUUGCAGAGCAGGAACAUAGUAGUAAACUCCGUCAUCCUCAUUUGCUACAGUUGAUGUCUGUUUGUCUGUCUAGUGACUUGGAGAAAACCCGUUUAGUAUAUGAAAGGGUUAACUUUGGUUCUCUGUACAGCAUCCUUCAUGAAAGGCGUACAGAAUUCCCAGUACUGCACAUGGAGACGAUUUUGCAUGUGCUGCUUCAAAUUAAUGACGCUUUGCGUUUUCUACACUCACGUGGAUUUAUCCACCGUUCAGUUACCUCCUAUGCUAUUCAAAUUGUUUCUUCUGGUGAGGCAAAGCUGUGCAACUUGGAAUACAUGAUAGAGAGCAAAGAUGGCGGAGAACACAGUGAUCUGACACGUAUUCCUGUCCCAGUCCAGCUGUAUAAGUGGUGCUCUCCUGAAGUAAUCCUUGAAAAAGUUGUCACGGUCAAAUCGGAUAUUUAUAGCUUCUGUACAGUAGUGCAGGAGGCCUUGACAGAGACCCCUCCCUGGAAAGGUCUUGAAGACUCAGUUAUUAAACAGCUCAUAAUUUCGGGACAACAGUUAGAAGCAGAUAUCAGACUUCCUAUGCCCUAUUAUGGUAUCGUAAAGUCAGGGCUAGAACCUAAACAGAAGAACCGCUCCAUGAAACUUCAGGAUAUUCAAUAUAUACUGAAAAACGACUUAAAGGACUUAACUAAGCCUGUCAGCAUAACUGGUCAUGCUGAUGAAAUGUCAAAAGCACAAAGACCUGCUGUUUUUUCAGAUCUGAACAUCUGUUUGGCAUCAGCUUUUAGCUACCAGAAGAGAACACAGGAAUUGCAGGGAAAAGAGAUAACUGAGGCUGACAGCUCUGCUGCCCCAAGGUACUCUCUUUUUCCUGAGGAGAAUAGUGCUUUAGUGGACCAAGAGGCAUCAACCAGUCUACAGCCGGUUGCACAGGACAAAAAUCAUGAUGUAGCUUCUCAACUCCAGAUAACCCUCAGUGUCAGUGAUGUGGAUGACAGCCUCUGUAGCUUUGAAAUCAAUGAAAUCUUUGCCAGUUAUCCAGAACUUCACGAAGACUUCUUGGAAGAAGGAUUAGGUCAAACUCUAAAGGAUGAAAAAAGGCAGCAAAAGGAAGAAGAUAAGGCUACUCUCAGAGACCUAUAUGCAUCCCCUGGAGUGCACUGUGAGGAAAAGCCAGUUGAUGAGGAAGGUGGCUUUUCAGAAUCGGGUACAGAGUACGCUACAGAAGAGGAGGAGAGGAUAAGUGAGGCCUCUGACCUAUGCAUGCUGGCACAGGUGAGAGGAGAUUCUGGGAGAAGAAUGAGUAGUCUGUCCCAAAAUGAGCAACACAUCAGCAAAUGUGUCCUUAAUUUAAAGAUUGUUCAAAGCAUGUUGCAGCAGGCAGCAGAUUCCCUGUGCAGAACAGAGGAGAAACUGGACAAAUUAGAGGCCGCUGAAAAGCAAAAGAAGCUGCUCCAGGAAAUCAGAAUGAAUCAGCUUUCUAAGCAAAUUUUUCAGGACAGACACUGGAACAGAUCUGAUGAUACUUCCCAAAACACCAAGAACUUUUUUUCUGGAGUUAAUACUUUGUUAUGGAAGGCUGUAGGUCCACCAUCAAGUGACUAUAUUCCACCACUGAUAACAUGUCAGGCACAAGGAGCUUUGGGUGGAGACAGUUUCCAAGCCGUUUCAAAGACAGCAAAGGAAAUGGAGGCAAUUCAAAAUGAAAAGUGCUUUCAUGAGAUGAGUAAGAGUAAAAAUGAAAACAACCAUCAUGAUCUCAGCUUCAGUGUGCUGAAAAGCCUGGAUGAUCAAGUGAGCCUAGACCAUGAGCAUUUACUCCCACGUGUAUCUGUAAGAUGCAAAAAAAAGUUCAACUUGCAGUGUCAGAGAGGAGGUGAUUCACAUUCUGCAGCAAGUGGAAGUGAAGAGAGGUGGUGCUAUUCGAAAUCAAGAUCUGAAAUUGACAGUACAAAAAUAAGUGAGGAGAGAAGGAUGGUGCAAUCAGAAUGGAGGACUGAAGUAAAGCAAAUGGCCAGAAGAGUGGCCUCAGGACAACUAAAACUUGGCCUUCCGUAUCCCGCCAGUGAAUGUACAUCUGACAGUGAAGCAGAGAGUAUAAAGGAAGCCUUUCAACAUGUCACUGUUAGAGUCCAAAAAAGUCAAGACCAGCAAAGAUACAGGUGGCAGACAGGUGAUAAUGUUGAGUCUUGGGAUCUGGGCAGUGAGGACAGAUCUGAAUCUGAGGAGAGUGAUCUGGAGUCUGCAUUCAGAAGUUCUGGAGGGAGAAGUUGCCAGUCGCCAUCACAAGAUGAACAAGCAGACUCUGGAAUAGCCAUUCGUAAGAAUUCAGUCCUUCCUCAACAAGUUGAGAAUCUCUCUAGAACUUCAGAUGCUGAGGGCAAAUUAGAAGGUGCUUGUGAAGGAUUUUUACAGAAACAGUUACCCGAAGAUGCAGGAUCAAGUAUUCAGGUUUCAGGAGGAAAAAUACUAUUCUGCAGUACAGCAGCGCAGAACUCUGGCAGUAACACGCUAGGAGUGAAUCAGCUUAGCCAUAUGCCUGUAGCCAGUGUUGAAGCAGCACAAGAAGUGAUACUGUGGGAGCCACCGGAAGAACGCAAAGAAAAAGAUGUAUCAGUGACAGAUAUUCAGGAUUUGUCGAGUAUCCCGUAUGAGCAAGAGAACUACUACAGGGAUACAGAUUGUAAAACGCCCAGAGUGAGUCAUGCACCAACGAGCGUCAGCACUCCACUCAGCUCAGAAGAAAAAAUUCCAGUAGCCUUUGAGAAAUACAAACACUGCCAUGAAGUAGCUUCAGAUUCUUCCUUUUGUCGUUCUCAAGAGAUCUCCUCUGCAGUGUCCAGGACAUUCAUUACAGCAUAUGAAGAGGGGAGGAGCAUUGAAAUUCCCUCGGUUGCUUCAGGAGUUUGCUCAUCUGAAUUGAAUGAGCCUGAUGGGUUGCCAGUAGUUGCUUCAUCCGUGAGAAGCACCAGGAAGGCAUCUGCAUUCUCACAGGCAUCUAACGACUUCAUUGAUGAGCUGCCUCCGCCAGCCCAAGAGCUGCUGGAUGAAAUUGAAUAUUUAAAGCACCAAGAUUCCAUCACUCAAGACACUAAAGAGAAGGGAUUGUAUGACUGCGGAGUGCAAAUAAAUGUUCCCGAUCGAAUUAAAAUGGAAGACAGAGAGUCAAAAAAAGAGUCUGAGAGAAAUGAGAAGAGAAAUCAUAGUUUAUGGACUAAGGAGUCAUUUAAUCUAGCAGAGGAAACAGAAAGGGCUCACUCUACUCUUGAUGAUAUUUUGGAAAGAAUGCUCCAUGCAAUUCCUGGAGACGAGGAGAUCCAAGAACAACCUCAGGGACACACUCUUGGGGCUGCAAGCCUGCGAGAUCCAGAAGAUGUUGGAAGGAAGAAGGGAGUAGAGGAAGGCGGAGCUGGAGCCAGAGGCAGAGCGCCAGAAAGCUGUGCAGGGAGUUCAGAAGACACGCAUCGUGAAGAUCAGAAAUCCCACUUACAGGAACAGCUGCCUUCAUCUUCGCCAUUCAGGAUAAUUGUUUUGGAUCAGAGCUCUCCUACAUGAUUAAAAUGGCUAGUGAAUAACUUCUAGUAUAUCACCCGCUUACUGCUGCUUGUACAGUAUGCAGCCUGUGAAUUGCAACCCUUCUUGGCCACAUAAACAAUUGUAAAGCUUGGACUUCCUUUAACUGCAGCAGCAAGUACAGAAGAAAAUCUAAUGCUUUACUUUGUAAUACAGUUUGUACUGGUUUUACGCCAUCGUUGCAUGUAAAGGCAGUAUCAAUAAUAUCGCAGAACUAAACUGUUUUCUGAAUAUAACAUCCUUAUGAAGCUGGCUACGUGGUGGGGGUUUUUUCUGCGCGUGCACGCUUUCAUAAGCAAAAGAAUUUCUUGCUCUGUUGCAUUAUGCAGUUUUCAGUGUUAGACAAAAUGACUGUAAUUCUGUGGACUGCUGUUACUGCUCAGGCACUUAAAUUUUUUUCCAUGCUGGAGCGUGGAGCACUGUUACAGCCCACGUAGUGUAUGUUUUCCCUUGCUCAUUAAAUUUAACAAGGUAGUUUCUUGUUUUCUCUUUUCUUAGUGCUUUUGUGAUCUAGCGUUAAACUGAUUUGACUGAUUAUGGGGAUUAAUUGCUGUGCAAAAAGCUAAUGAGAAGAAGGCAGUGUUCUCUAGAGAUUGCAAGUGCAACAAUACAUUCCCUGCCAGCAUUAGACAAGAAUAUGAGAAAAUCUGCUUAGUAUUACGAAGAUACUUGUUGUUUAAUUAAACCACACUUUUGGUAGGCCUCAUCCAAAAAAAAAAAAAAAAGUGCCUGGAUAUAAUUGAGCUUUGGAUCAGGAUUUUGAUGGGCACAGCAACUUCUUAUUUAACUUUUCUUGUGAUAAAUACUGUUCAGGCGCAGGGGGUGUGAAGAUUGUCCUUAUCCCUUUUUAACAGACACUGGGAUUUUAGCUGCCUUCGUACAGCUGGGCGUGCCACGGGUUGCUUUUUCGUUCCUGUUCCUGUAGGGAAAUGCUGCCUAUCUGUAACUGUUAGUUAAUGUGGUUUAACAAUACUAAUAAAAGUUU